AUGCUAAAAGACCUCAACCUGAAGGUCUCUGAUUGGCCAAAGCCGUCACCCAGGUCACAGGGUGUCUUGGGGAAUGCUGACCAUGGGAAAAAGUAUGACCAUUCCCAAGUGUAUCUAGGAACAGAAAUUGGGAAAUCCACCCCAUGGCCACACUUCCAGAAGUGUUUAGGACUCCUCGACCAAAGGCAGAUGGUGAACCACCCCAAGAUCUCAGGCUUCCUCUGGGAGCAAGAUGAAGACCCGCAGGGCUCCUUGUUGAACUUGCAGGUCAUCAGCCGGGAUGUGGCCCGGGCAGUGGGCAUGGAGACAAUAAUUGUUGGUCCUGAUGGACAACCUUUAACAGUCUAUCCUUGCGUGUUUUGUGGAAAGAAAUUUAAGUCUAAAAGUUUCUUGAAAAGACACUUGAAAAACCAUCCUGAACACUUGGCCAAUAAAAAAUACCACUGCACUGACUGUGAUUACAGUACCAACAAGAGGAUAAGUUUACAUGAUCACCUGAAGAGGCACAAGAUGACCAGUAAGGCUGGAAAGGACACAGAGUGUGAUGAGUGUGGGAACCAUUUCUCCCAUGCUGGGGCUUUACGUAUUCACAAAACAACUCAUGGAGAGAAAGAAGCCAGCAAAACAUACAAGUGUAAGUUCUGUGACUAUGAAACAGAUGAACAGGCGUUAUUGAAUCGCCACCUUUUGGCAGUCCACAGCAAGAAGUUUCCUCACAUUUGUGUAGAGUGUGGUAAGGGUUUCCGUCACCCGUCAGAGCUCAAAAAGCACAUACGCGUUCACACUGGAGAGAAGCCCUAUGAAUGCCAGUAUUGCGAGUACAAGUCUGCAGACUCCUCUAACUUGAAAACACAUGUAAAAACUAAGCAUAGUAAGGAGAUACCAUUGAAAUGUGACAUCUGUGUGCUGACUUUCUCAGACACUAAAGAGGCACAGCAACAUGCUCUUACCCACCAAGAAAGCAAAACACACCAGUGUUUGCACUGUAGCCAUAAGAGUUCAAACUCAAGUGAUUUGAAGCGACACAUAAUUUCAGUUCACACAAAGGACUAUCCUCAUAAGUGUGAGAUGUGCAACAAAGGGUUCCAUAGGCCUUCAGAACUCAAGAAACAUGCAGCUACCCAUAAAAGUAAAAAAAUGCACCAGUGUAGACGCUGUGACUUUAAGAGUCCAGAUCCGUUUGUGCUCAGUCGCCAUAUUCUCUCAGUUCACACAAUGAGUGUCCCAUUCAAGUGUAAGAGAUGUAAAAGGGGAUUUCGACAACAGUGUGAGCUUCAAAAUCAUAUGAAGACACACAGUGGCAGGAAAAUGUAUCAGUGUGAGUACUGUGAAUAUAGCACUACAGAUGCCUCAGGCUUCAAGCGACACGUUAUCUCCAUUCAUACCAAAGACUAUCCUCACUGUUGUGAGCACUGCAAGAAAGGAUUCCGGAGACCCUCGGAAAAGAAUCAGCAUACAAUGAGACAUCAUAAAGAAGUUGACCUGCCCUAAGAAUAUAUCCUAAUCUGUACAGGUGUUGAGUUUGAA